AUGUACUAUGUAGUUAUUUAUUGUUCAUAUGCUGAUUUAGAUCUACUUAUAAUAUACCACUUAGCCGUUGUAUAUUCCGCAUGGAACAUCAUCAAUGAUGACCGUGUUGCCCUCAAACUUGAAACUAUUGUUGACCACCCAUCUUCUAUAGAGCGUGAAUACCACAUUUUGAAGCAACUUGAAGGCGGAAUUGGCAUCCCCCGCACCCUCUGGUUUGGUAGAGAGUCAGUUUAUCAUGCUAUGGUUCUUGAACUUCUUGGGCUAUCACUCCACCAACUCUUCCUCGCAAACAAUCGAAAAUUCAGUCUUCCCCAUGUCAUGAAUAUAGGAGAUCAGUUGCUCUCACAUCUCGAGUACAUCCACUCGCAUAAUUAUGUUCACGGCGACAUCAAACCGCAGAACAUCUUGAUGGGUCUUGGAAACUUGAGGCACACUGCCUUCAUCAUUGAUUUUGGUAUCACAAAGACAUACUGGAACACUAAAACUGGUGACCAUGUACCAUUUCGCCAUGGUCGAAGUCUCUCUGGCACUCCUGCAUUCGCCUCAAUUAACAAUCACUUAGGAGUUGAGCCAGGUCGUUGUGACGAUCUUGAGUCGCUUACCUACAUGUUAAUCUAUUUCUUGCGUGGCUCACUUCCAUGGUUAACCAGUGAUGAUGAGAAGUUGUCUGGUUCUACCAUACUCGAGCGCAAAGCAUGUGCUACCAUUGUGGAUAUAUGUCAAGACAUCCCCGUUGAGUUUGUGACUAUUCUAAUCUACACUCGCUCUCUCACAUUUGCAGAAGAUCCCGACUAUGAUCACCUUUGUUCAAUACUUCACGAUCUUCAUGCCUCAUUGCCUGCACCAGCCACAUCCAUGUUGGACUUUAGCCAGCUCCGCAAUCCUGCCAUACACCCCCCUGACAAGUGCUGUGUGGCUAAAGCAAUCCUACCAUGCCCACCAAAGGAAAUGUGCAGAUUGACUCGCGUGUGA